AAGGUUAUCAUUUAUCAGCUUAGAAGUUUGUUGACUGAGGAAAUAAAAGACGUGAUUACUGAUUAGAAAUGGAAAACACAGCAAAUUUGAGAGAAUGGUUUGGAGUUGUGGAUUCAAACAACACAGGAAACAUCACUGCUCCUCAAUUACAGAGAGCUUUUUCUAUUGGGAAUUUGGAAUUCUCUAUCUCAAUUGUUCAGCAGAUGAUUAGAAUGUAUGAUUUUGAUAAGAAUGGAACUAUGAGCUUUGAACAAUUCGUUGCCCUCAACAAAUUUCUUCUUAAGGUACAACAAGCCUUCGCAGACCUAGAGAGAGGUCGUAGAUAUCUUGGUACUGAUGAUGCUUAUGAGGCAUUGAUUAAAGUUGGUUUCUCCCUGGACUCACCUGCUUUCUACACAGUCUGUGAGAGCUUUGAUAAAAACAAAAGUGGGAAAUUUCGUCUGGAUGACUUCAUAUCACUUUCUAUAUUCUUGCAAUCUGCUCGGAAUCUUUUUAACUCUUUCGAUACAGCUAAACAAGGCCGUUUUCUGGAUCUCAACCAGUUCGUUUUCUGUGCUGCAAAUUGUAGAAUAUGAAUUCAUAGAAUCUGCAUUUCCAGAAAGAUCACAACUGCUGCCUCCUGGUUUUUGUACUUGCCUUCGUAGCAGAGAAGAACAUUAUUCUUUUGGUUUGUGUGAGUAAUUGUCAAAUUCUAUAACAACAGCAUGUAGGAGUUUCAGAGAAAUGCCAAUGAUCGGGAUUCGAGCCGUCCUAGCAUGUAAAAUGGUAAUACAGGGUGAACAGAGUCUUCGAAGGGUGUCCCAUCUGAAGCAUUGCCUUAAAGGUUGAAGGGUAGAACCGAAGUAAAACACUUGUCGUUCUGUUGCAAUAUUGAAUCCAUUAAUCUGGUUCCAGCCCAGUGCUAGAUGUAUUCAAGUUUGCUCUUAGUGUUGCUUGAUUGUGUUAUGGUUCACAGAAUUAAACUUACUGAAAUUUAAGAUGGAUGAGUUCUUGGAGGGACUCAAAACCUCCAUCGAACACUUGUGUUUCAAUAUAAAUUCAUUAUAGGAUGCUUCAUACAUUCAA